CACUGUGCUCCUUUUCAGCCUAGGCCAUCAUACAGUUCUAUGACUCUAUGAUUAUUUUAGUUGCAAGAGCCCCCUGCCCAUGAACGUGCAUUUGUCUUUCCAUCUCAGCACGGGCUUUCUGCACACAAAACCAUUUGUAAGGCCAGUUUCUAACACAGCCUUUAAUUCCGUGCUCGCUGACUCUGCACAGACACUCCUUGCUCAGGAGCACAUUGCACACACAGCACUGCGUGGGAGCUGCACGUCUGCUUCUGGCUGAGAGUCACCUCCUGGUGCCCUGCUGGCAGCCGGGCAGGUUGGGUUUGUGGUCGAGGAGGUCCUUUCCAACAUGAAUGGCCCUGUGCUUCUGUGCGUUGUGCCUGCAGGCACUGCGGGGCUGCUCAGCAGCCUGCCCAGCUGCCCCAGGAGCUGCCAGCUGCGGGCACAUCCCUGUCCCUGCUGGUCUCGGGAGGAGCAGGGGGACCUCAGGUCCUGGUGGGUCCUGCAGCUGGGCUGGGGUCUGUGGGAUGAGGCACGGCUGGGCACUGCCUUGCUCAGGCCUCGUUCAUUCUGCAUUUAUAUAGCUGGCUUGAGAGCGAGCUGCUUUAGGGCUGGAAAGAGCUGAGCAGUGAGGGAGGGCUUUGAAAGGCUGGGCUGGCUGCCUGUACGAAAGAAAGCUUAAUUAACAAGCCAGGACUUGGCCAGGGAUUGUGGUUACUUUUCUAUUCUCGGAGCAAUGGCGCAGGAUCCAGAACAGUUGGAGUCAUUGCUGGCCAUUUGUAAGGCUUCAGGAACUGAUGUGCAAAAUAAUCGUCAGCUCCUGGCUGCUGUCAGUGUGGAGGGGCUGCAGGUGAGGGGUUGUGCUGUGGGCAGGGGGCUGACGGGCUGUGGGCUGUGUUGGGUUACGUGGGAUGACCCCAUGACUGUGUGGUUGGGUUAACACUGCAUUGGGUCGAGCUGUGGUUGGACUGGAGCAGCACAUGGUGCUGGAGCCCCAGCGCCGCCCCUCUCCAUCACUCUCACUGUGUUUCUGCCUCUGCCCAGCUCUGCUUGAAGCCCAGCCACCGCCGUGGGCUGUGGGCACUGAUUAUGGGAGUUCAGUACCUGGAAGCUGCUGGGCCUGGGCCGCCCUGCCCUCUGGGAUGGCAGGGAUGGCAGGGAUGGCAAUGGGGCCUCGCUGAGGCUGCAUGAGGGGGCUUUGUGUGGCUGUCCUGGGGGUGGGGACGGGUGGGAGCAGAGCAGGGGUGCAGAGGCUGUGUCUGAGGGAGGUGGCACCGAUUCAGAGCAGCUCUGUUGAGCUCAGAGGCUCAAAGCAGUCAGCACAGGUGUGGGCAGAACCAGGAGGAGCACAAGCUGUGCGCUCACCCACUGACAUGUGGCUGCAGGCGCUGUGCCCAGCAGUGCUGCUGUGAUUUCCUGUGCUCUCCUUUCACUGCAGAGCACAGCUGUCAAACCACACCUCCAUAGGAGCCCCGGCUGCCUGCUCAUCACAGGGACACGUCCUCAUCCACUCAGCCGCCCCUUCAUGGAAGCUCUCAGCAUCCCUUAGGAGCCAUCAGAACUCAGAACUGGGGCUGGCACAAAGCCUGGGAGCUCCCAGCAGAGGCAGCGUUGCCCCAGCAGUGCUCAGAGCACGGAAUCUGCUGAGCAGCCCAACGCUCAGCUGUUGCUCUCACCUCAAACACAUCUUCCCCUUUCACUGUACGAAAUGCUUUCAGGCUCUCCAUUCACCUCAGUUCUCUGCAGAUUGAGGCUGACGGCCGCCCGGUGCUGCAGGCAGGAGUGGGAAGCGGGGCUGAGGCUGGGGAAGGGCUGCAGGUGGGCUGCAGGCAGUUCUGCUGCUCCAGGACCACAGUGCCUGUUCAGUGCCAUGCAUGUUCUCACCCACAGCUCUGCUGUAACGUUGGUGCACGGCGAUGCGCCGCCUCCAGAGCUGUUUCCUUUCCUAAAACGAUUGCUGCUGAGCUCUGCGCUCUGUUAUGCACGAAGUGGGGUUGCAUUUCUAGAAAAUGUGGUUUCUGGGUGCAGUGCAGUGGGGUGGCAGGGAGGUUUUGUCUCCUCGUGGCCUCCAGGUGCUUUCACCUGCCCACUGCAUCCUCUUCCUGCACCGUCCAUCCCUCAGGUUCACCCCUUUGCUGUUUCCAUUUCUCACUUCCUCUGCCGCUGCUGGAUUAAGAGGAUUGUCGUUGCUGUGAGUGGUGAUGGGAGGUGCUCCAGGACCCAAAGAGGGCUCUCUAGCCCUGCUUCCAGGCUGUCAGAUGGGCUCUGCGCCCCUCCGUGCCAUUCUAUCGGACGGAGCCGCGACCGCAGCCGUCCCACGCUGCGAUCCUCCCGCAGCAAAACCUCCCUGCACCUCCGUGCCCGACUCCGUCGGCGUUCGUGGAGGAGCGCGCAGGGCAGCCCAGCUCUGCCUUUCCCGUGUCGGGGCCCCACCCCGCAGCGCGCCGUCAGCGUGUGCGAAUCGCUGGACCUGCAGGGCGUCCCCGCCGUCCGCGCCGCGCUCGGGGCCGCCCAGCAGCAGCGGCGCCGGCCCAAGAGCUUCUGCGCGCCGGGCGGCGGGCCGGGCGUCGGGGCGCUGCUGGGCUCCGCGCCGCGCUCCCGGGGCGGCCUGCUGGACUUCUUCCGACCGCGCCGCCGCGACGAGGGGGACUGCGGGGCGCCCGGCGGCGGCGGCGGGGCGCAGCGAGCGCGGCCCGGCAGCGCGUCCUUCCCGCCCGCCGCCCGCCCGCUGCCCGCCGACAGCCCCGGCUUCCCCCGCGGAGGGUCCCUCUGGGGCAGCCGCCGCUGGAACCUCUUCGGCCGCGGAGGUCCCGGCCCGCGGCGGCACCUGAGCGCCCUCCGCAAGAGCUUCAGCUUCCGCCUGCGCCGGGGCCACGAGCUGCGGCGCUCCGAGUCGGGCGGGCUGCGCCCCGCGCGCCUCCGCACCAAAAGCGAGGGCGACGCCGGAUCGCUGCACGCCUGUCCCAGCAAGCGGGACCUGCUGUACCCGGAGCUGGGACACGCCGCGCUGCGGGCCGAGCCCGGGCCGCCCGGCGGGCUCUGGAAGCUGCUCACCAGCCGCUUCCGACGGCGGGAGCGCGGCGCCGGCCCCAAGGAGCCCCGCGGCGGCAACGACCCCGUCCUGCUGGGCGGCGGCCCCCUGCGAGCGCUGGAUUCCUUUGUGAACAGCCAGGAAUGGACCCUGAGCCGCUCGGUGCCUGAGCUGAAGGUGGGCAUCGUGGGGAACCUGUCCAGCGGCAAGUCGGCCCUGGUGCACCGCUACCUGACCGGCACCUACGUGCAGGAGGAGUCUCCAGAGGGUGGGCGAUUUAAGAAGGAGAUCGUGGUGGAUGGACAGAGCUACCUGCUGCUGAUUCGUGAUGAAGGCGGCCCCCCCGAGCUCCAGUUCGCUGCCUGGGUCGAUGCCGUGGUGUUUGUCUUCAGCCUGGAGGACGAGAUCAGCUUCCAGACAGUGUACAACUACUACCUGCGGCUGUGCAGCUACCGGAACACGGCAGAGGUGCCCAUGGUGCUGGUGGGCACGCAGGAUGCCAUCAGUGCCACCAACCCUCGUGUCAUUGAUGACUCUCGGGCACGGAAGCUCUCCAAUGACCUGAAGCGCUGCACGUACUACGAGACCUGUGCCACCUAUGGGCUGAACGUGGAGAGGGUCUUCCAGGAUGUGGCUCAGAAGGUGGUGGCUCUGAGGAAGAAGCAGCAGCUCUCCAUUGGUCCCUGCAAGUCCCUGCCCAACUCACCCAGCCAUUCGUCUGUCUCCGCAGCCUCCAUCCCUUCUGUUCACAUCAACCAGGCCACCAACGGCGGAGGAGCCUUCAGCGACUACUCCUCCUCGGUGCCCUCCACCCCCAGCAUCAGCCAGCGGGAGCUGCGGAUCGAGACCAUCGCUGCCUCCAACACACCCACCCCCAUCCGCAAGCAGUCCAAGCGGCGCUCCAACAUCUUCACGUCUCGGAAGGGCGCGGACGCGGAGCGGGACAAGAAGGUGCCGGAGUGCAAAGCAGACAGCAUCGGCAGCGGGAGGGCCAUCCCCAUGAAGCAGGGCAUUCUGCUGAAGCGCAGCGGCAAGUCGCUCAACAAGGAGUGGAAGAAGAAGUACGUGACGCUGUGUGACAACGGUGUGCUCACCUACCACCCCAGCCUGCACGACUACAUGCAGAACGUGCACGGGAAGGAGAUCGACCUGCUGAGAACCACAGUGAAGGUGCCUGGCAAGCGGCUGCCCAGGGCUACGGCGGCAGCGCCCGGCGCGAGCCCCAAAGCCAACGGGCUGGCAAAGGAGCGGAGCAGCACACAGCUGGCAGCCAGCACGGGCGCCCCACAUUCCAGCAGCAGCACCUCCCUGCACUCGGAGCGCUCCGUCAGCGGCAUCAACCUGGUGGGCUUCAGCUCCAAGCCCGACGGCAUGCACCAGCGCUCCUACUCUGUCUCCAGCGCCGAUCAGUGGAGCGAGGCCAUGGCGCUGCCCGGCGCCUGCCCCAACCCCGCCAACGGCACUGCCGAUUCCCUCAGCUCCAGCCCCAACAUCUCCACCGCCGCCAGCCCCAAGCUGGAGCCGCCCCCGUCGCCGCAUGCCAACAGGAAGAAGCACCGCAGGAAAAAGAGCACGGGGACGACGCGGCCCGACGGCCCCAGCACGGCGGCUGAAGAGCCAGACGAACCCUUUGAGUUCAUCAUCGUGUCCCUGACGGGCCAGACGUGGCUCUUUGAGGCCUCAACGUCAGAGGAGCGGGAGCUCUGGGUGCAGGCCAUCGAGAGCCAGAUCCUGGCCAGCCUGCAGGGCUGUGAGAGCAGCAAGAACAAGGCACGGCUGGGCAGCCAGGGAGAUGCACAGGCCAUGCAGGCAGUGCGCACUGCGCGGGGUAACAGCUUCUGCGUGGACUGCGAUGCGCCCAAUCCUGACUGGGCGAGCCUGAACCUGGGUGCCCUGAUGUGCAUCGAGUGCUCUGGGAUCCACCGCAACCUGGGCACGCACCUCUCCCGCGUGCGCUCGCUGGACCUGGACGACUGGCCUGGCGAGCUGCUCACCCUGAUGGCCGCCAUCGGCAACGCGUUGGCCAACGCCGUCUGGGAGGGUGCUGUGGAGGGGUACCCCAAACCCACCCCCGAGAGCAGCCGGGAGGAGAAGGAGCGCUGGAUCCGCGCUAAGUAUGAGCAGAAGCUGUUCCUGGCGCCGCUGCCGCAGUCGGACAUCCCACUGGGGCAGCAGCUGCUGCGGGCGGUGGUGGAGGACGACCUGCGCCUGGUGGUGACACUGCUGGCACACGGCACCAAGGAGGAGGUCAACGAGACCUAUGGGGACGGCGAUGGGCGCACGGCGCUGCACCUGUCCUGCGCCAUGGCCAACGUUGUUUUCACGCAGCUGCUCAUCUGGUACGGGGUGGAUGUGAAGAGUCGGGAUGCCCGGGGUCUGACCCCACUGGCCUACGCACGGCGUGCGGGCAGCCAGGAGUGCAUCGACAUCCUGCUGCAGCACGGCUGUCCCAGCGAUGGUGCCACGCUGACCCCCAGCCUGCCCCGCCGUAACGCCAACGCCAACAACAACACCUGCGCUGCCGUGCUGCCCGAGCUCAGCACCAGCCCCAGCGCAGUGUAGCUCCCCGCAGCGGGGCUGAGGGCUGUUCCCUGUGUGCUCCCCUCUGGACCCCCGCACCAGCUGUGCUGUGCCCAGCUCCUGGGACCUCUGCGGCUGGAAGGGGCCCAGCGCUGCCUGUGUGCAGAGGAUACUCUGGAUGGGGACUCGGUACCCCCAUUUCAUGACCGGUACAGGGGAAGGAGAGACAGUUCCUGUGUGCCCCCACCACACUCAUAUGUAGGUAGUGCAGGGCUGGAGGUGGUCCAGGGUGCUGCCCACCCCUGUGCAGAGGUAUGGGGACCCCUGUCCCUCUGUCCUCCGUUUGGCUGUGAGGUGCCCCAGUGCAGUGGGGCAGUGGGGGGCAGUGGGAGAUGAACGCUUCUUCACCACAGCCCUCUGGCCCUCUCUGCUUCUGGCCAGUAUGGGGGUCCCCUCGCUGGUACUGCCACCCCCCCCACACACUGAUGCCAAGGGAAUGUCCUUCCCUGCAGCCCCUGGACGGACCCCCUCAGCCCCACUGCUUACCAGGGGGGCAGAGGACGCUCUGGGGCCCAUCUGUGUCUGUCUGUCUGUGUAGAGUCACUGUCCCAUCAGGUUGAAGCCCCACAGCCAUGCACAGUGCCUCCACCCCGCGGGUCCCACUGCGCCCCGUGGCUGAGCAGGAGGGAGGAGCGGAGCGCCUGCUCUGCUUGGGGCCGUCCUGCAGCUGAGCACCGGGACCCCGAGGCUUCGAGCGCUGAUGUGGAACGUCUCCAUCACUUGUGUAUAAAGUGUACAUUGGAAAUAUUUAUAUGGACACUCUGUAUAUAGUGUUUCUUUGCCAUGAAUUGCCCUGUGUGUGUUACCUGCAGCCAAGGAGAUGAAGGCCAAUAAAGCAUCCACUUCCUGCCAGCGUGGCUCCGUGUGCUGCCCCGGGGCUCCGCGCCCGCACUGAGGGCUCUGCUGCGCUCUUGGCACAGACGCAGACCUUCAGCCCUUCCUCCUUCACCGCCGCUGCUGACGGCAGCGCCGGACCCCCGGGGGGCUGUGCCACGGCACCGGGGUGGGAUGCGGGGUUGUGUGCCCCCCCGGUCCUGUGCGAUACCAAGGGAACACCUCCCCCCGCUGCAGGCACCCCACUGCAGCCCCCUGCCAGCCUCACUUCUCCCCUCUCGCGGUGGGGC